AUUUAAGACGCGACCGGGUCCGCGUGCGGCAUCGAACACUGCGCGAGGAACGUGGAAGAGUGUCCGGACCGUGCCAGGGAGGACUCGAGUGGAGUGUCGCCUCCAAAUCUGACACAUGAAGGAUGUCAACUGAUUAACCUCGGGGUUUUUUUUUUCCUACAACUGCACGAAAUAAAUGGAUGGACAACCACACCUUUAAAUACUAGCUGUUGCGCGCGUGCCCCCCCUCCCCCCCGCCGACCACCGACAUCUGGAGCAAGAUGGCCCAUCUCUUCCUUGCCAGCAAGAUCGCCAUGCCGGACGACACCGGCAGCAAAGGGGCCCCCAGAAUGCCCAAAAGCUCCAUGAAAACGCCCCCGUCCCUCCCCGCGGAAAAGGUGAGCAAGGACAAGCCCAAGAAAGACCGCAGCGUGGUUGUGACCACCGUGCCGCUCAUCAACGAAGUGCAGCUGGCGGCGGCCACCGGCGGCGCCGAGAUGUCCUGCUACCGCUGCGUCGUGCCUUUCGGUGUGGUGGUGCUGAUCGCGGGCAUCGUGGUGACGGCGGUGGCGUACACGUUCAACUCGCACGGCUCCACUAUCUCGGUGCUGGGGCUGGUGCUGCUGUCCGCGGGGCUGGCCCUGCUGGGCUCCAGCGCCGUGUGCUGGAGGGUCCGCAUGAGGAAGAAGAGGGACAAGCGGAGGGAGAGCCAAACGGCUCUCAUGGCCAGCCAUGGAGUCUGUGUGGCCUGAUCACCCGG